AUGGCGAUCCAGAAGAAGCACGGAAAGGGUCGUCUUGACAAGUGGUACAAGCUUGCCAAGGAGAAGGGUUACCGCGCUCGUGCCGCCUUCAAGCUCAUCCAGCUGAACAAGAAGUAUGGCUUCCUCGAGAAGAGCAAGGUCCUGCUGGAUCUUUGCGCCGCCCCCGGAUCAUGGUGUCAAGUCGCCGCCGAGGUCAUGCCCGUGGGCAGUCUCAUCGUCGGUGUCGAUCUCGCCCCGAUCAAGCCCAUCCCCAAGGUCAUCACCUUCCAGAGCGAUAUCACCACCGAGAAGUGCAGAGCAACGAUAAGACAACACUUGAAGUCAUGGAAGGCCGACACUGUUCUCCACGACGGUGCGCCAAACGUCGGUACUGCGUGGGUGCAGGAUUCGUUCAACCAGGCCGAGCUGGCACUGCAGUCCAUGAAGCUGGCCACCGAGUUCCUCGCAGAGGGCGGUACUUUCGUCACCAAGGUUUUCCGCUCCAAGGAUUAUAACUCUCUACUCUGGGUGUUCAAUCAGCUUUUCACAAAAGUCGAGGCCACCAAGCCGCCGUCGUCCCGAAAUGUGUCCGCCGAAAUUUUCGUCGUUUGCAAGGGCUACAAGGCGCCCAAGAGGAUCGACCCCAAGUUCCUCGAUCCUCGCUCGGUCUUUGAGGAACUGACGGCACCCACGCCCAACAACGAGGCGAAGGUCUACAAUCCCGAAGUCAAGAAGAGGAAGCGAGAGGGUUACGAGGAGGGAGACUACAUCCAGUUCAAGGAGAUCCCGGCCAGCGAGUUCAUCCAGACCACCGAUCCCAUCGCUAUUCUAGGCAGCAUCAACCGCUUGACUUUCCAGCAGGCAAAGAACGGUGAUGUGGCCCUGGCGGCGCUGGACAAGCUGCCCGAGACGACCGACGAAAUCCGCCUGUGCUGCCAAGAUCUGCGAGUGCUGGGCCGCAAAGAAUUCAAAAUGCUCCUAAGAUGGCGGCUGAGGGUGCGGGAGAUUUUCGGCUUUCCAAACAAGAAGACCGCUCAGCCCGAGCUCUCGGAAGAGACUGCUCAGGUGGAAAAUAUGGACGAGGAGAUGAAAAUCCAAGAGGAACUGCAAGCUCUGAAGGACAAGGCUAGUUCAAAGAAGAAGAGAGAAAAGCGUAGAGAGAACGAGCAGAAACAGAGAGACAUUGUCAGGAUGCAGCUCAAUAUGGUUGCCCCUAUGGAUAUUGGUAUGGAGCAAGCUGGCCCACAAGGUGAAGGUGCCAUGUUUGCGCUGAGGAACCUCAACAAGUCGAGUGCUGCCCUCAGUAGGGUAGCCAAGGGCAAGAUGGUUGUCGUCCCCGAGGCAAAGAAAGACCGUGAUAGUGGUAUCGGCUCGUCCGGGGAGACAGAUGACGAGAGUGACGAGGACGGCGAUCGUCUGGAAGGAGAGCUGGACAGUCUCUACGACCAGUACCGAGAGCGGAAAUCAGCAUCAGACGCCAAGUACCGUGCUAAGAGGGCAAGGCAGGAACACGGAGAUGAUGAAUGGGAGGGUGUGUCCGCAGAUGAGAAUGCUAGCAGUGAUGACGAGGACGAGCUACAAGAGGAGAGCAGUGAUGACUCUGAGACUGAGGAUGGAUUGCCUUCCGACAAGUCGCUCUUGACCGAUCUUGACAAGACGUCGUCUGACAACAGCGGUCUGUCUAAGCGAGCAAGGAGUUUCUUCAACCAAGAUAUUUUCAAAGACAUUCCCGGUAUCCUUGAUGAGCCGGCAGAAGAUGAGGGAGAUGCUGAAGCAAUGGAUGUGGAUGAGGCUGAAGAGGUUGAGGAAGAGUUGGAGAUCUCAUCUGACGAGGAAGUGCCAGAGGUCGCACCGCCGAAGCAAAAGAAGGUGAAACAGGUUGAGAUAGCGGUCGACGGGCACGACUCGGAUUCGGAGGAAAGCGACGAUGGCGGGUUUGAGGUUGUCAAGGACAAAAAAGACGAUGAGGAUGACUGGGAGGAAGAAGACAAACGGCGGAAGGAUGGUCGACUUGAUAUCGACAUCAUUACCGCAGAAGCUAUGACUCUGGCUCAUGAGCUAGCCACCGGCAAGAAGACCAGCCAGGACAUUAUUGAUGAAGGUUUCACCAAGCAUGCGUUCCGUGACAAGGACGGCCUCCCAGAGUGGUUCCUAGAGGACGAACACAGACACGACAAACCCCAUAAGCCCAUCACCAAGGCUGCGGCACAAGCCAUCAAGGAGAAGAUGAGAGCGCUCAAUGCCCGCCCCAUCAAGAAGGUCCGUGAGGCAAAAGCACGCAAGAAGUUCGCCGCCGCUCGUCGUCUGGAGAAACUCAAGAAGAAGUCUGAUAUGCUGGUGGAGGACUCCGGCAUGACUGAGAAGGAGAAGGCGGACUCGAUCCAGAGGCUGCUCGCCAAGGCGGGCAAGAAAAAGAUGCGAAAGCCCGUAAAGGUUGUUGUCGCUGGCGGUGCCAACAAGGGCAAGGGCCGUCCGGCUGGAGUGAAGGGCAGAUACAAGAUGGUAGAUUCAAGGAUGAAGAAGGAAACGCGGGCAUUGAAGAGGAUAGCCAAGAGCAAAAAGAGGUAG